GGAGGAGGAGAAGGAGGAGGAGGAGGAGGAGGAAGAGGCCUGGCGGCCGGCAGCCCCCGGCACCGCCCCGUGCCGCUGGUUAAAUGCAGGCCCGCGGGUUGUGGCGGGCGGCGGAUGAGGCCCCCGCAGGGCUGCCGGCGGCGGGGCGUCAUCGCGGGCACCGUGACCCUCUGCCUGGCGGCCGGGUGGGCUCUGCAGACCCCCGGAGGAGUAUCGUUACGUGUCCCACAACCCAACAUCAAUGCAACAGUGGCACAAAACAUCCUCCUCUCAGUUGAAUACUCUUGCAGAGGUGUCGCCACCAUUGAGUGGAAGCAUGUGUCGAGCCGGGGCACCACAAAAAUUGUUGAGUGGAAAAGUGGGAAUUAUGUUAACAUAUCCACAGUCUACAAGGACAGAGUGACUGUUUUUGAAAAUGGCUCUAUACAGCUCCUGAACGUGGGCGUGAGAGAUGCUGGCUACUAUUUUGUCACUGUAACAGAGGAGUAUGGAACCAACAUCUAUGGGACCAUCGUAGUCAAUGUUUACGAGAUUAUCUAUGAAGAUUUACAUUUUGUAGCAGUUUUCUUUGCAUUUCUCACUGGGGUAUCUGCCAUUUUGAUCUGCUUCAUGUGGCUGUGUAACAAAUCCCUGCAUCUAUUCCAGAAGACGACACACAAACUAACAGCAAGUACAACUGAAGAGAUUGAAUUGGAAACCAUUGAGUGUUAGCCAAGAACCCUUUCAUAACAAAAAUUACAAUUCUACCUCAAGAGAAAAUAUUGGCAAGGAAAGCGAGAAGAAACCUAAAAGUACAUCACCUUUGGGGAGGUCCUUGCAUUGACUCCGUGGAAACUGAACCAUAACUUUGCUGCCACUUUCAGGACCAUUACGCACUGUGAUGAACAGAGAUUUUUAUGAGCACUUUACAUUUCAGAAAUUCUUCAUAUUAUACAUUGCUCUUCAUGUAUGCUAUACAUUACUGUCUAGCCAAUAACAAACAUGCUGGAAAUAAACAAGGGAAGUUCUCUUUACAUACAUUAUUUUAUUAAAGGUUUUAUCUUUGCAUUUGCUCUCUCCGAUUGCCCACUUUUCCCCCAUGAUUCUUGUUGAUUUAGCACUGCAUGUUCUUGGUUAGGAAACAGAGAAAUAAUACAAUAAAAAAACAAACAAAAAACCUUAAAGGCAUUUCUCUUCCCCUCAAUGAUGUCAAGAACUCCAAAGUUUUUUUUUGUUUUUUGUUUUUUGUGUUUUUUUUUUGACAAGUCUCACCUUGGAUGCAUUGCUUACCACUCUGUUAAAGUACUAAUUCUCCUGAAAGGAAUCUGUAAUUUUUUUUUCCUAGUGGAUUUAUCUCAAAGGCACAGGAAUGAAGACACUUUGUAUUUCUGUUGCUUUUAUCAUCAUAAAACUCUGCAAGUUUGGUGGGAGUGGGCUUUUUUUUUUUUUUUAAAUAAAUAAAUAAGCAGUUAGGGACUAAUGCUUAGUUUUCCCGAAGAGCAUAAUCAAACUUAGUUAGCAAGGGAUGAAAACUGCACCACAACAUCAUUUCAGAUUUUGAAAGCACAGGGGACAGACACCUUAUGCUCUGACCGAAAGUAACAAAUCUAGAUCAAAAACCAGACCCAGAAGCAACUACCUCUGUAGUCUAUAUUAUGUACAUAAAGUUUUUACGUUACAUUUGGAAGGUCUUCUCAGACCUUCUCACAGAACAGCUGAGGGGGGAAGGGACCUCCAGAGGUUGCCUAGUCCAAACCCGUGCUCAGAGCAGAGUCAGCUAAAGCAGGUUGCUCAGGACCGUGUCCAGUCAGGUUUUGAGUAUCUCCACAGAUGGAAACUCCACAACCUCUCCAGGAAGCCUGUUUCAGUGUUUGACCACCCUCACAGCAAAAAAGCUUUUUCUUAUAAAGUUUCUUGUAUUUUAGUUUGUGCCCUUUGCUUCUUGUCCUGUCACUGAGCACCACUGAGAAGAGUCUGGCUCUAUCUUCUUUACUCCCUCAAUCAGAUAUUGAUACACAUCGAUAAGAUCCCCUCAACCCUUGUCUUCUCCAGACUGAACAGUCCCAGCUCUCCCUGCCUGUCUUUACACAUACCAGAUACUCCAAUCCCUUCAUCUUCUUUGUGGUCCUGCACUAGACUCACUCCAGUAGCUCCAUGUCUCUCGUACUGUAAAGUCCAGAACUGGACACAGCAUUCCAGGUGUGGCCUCACCAGGGCUGAGUAGAGGGGAAUGAUCACUUCCCUUGACAUGCUGGCAAUGCUCUGCCUAACGUAGUCCACAAUAUUUUCCCUCAAGCAUACAUUGCUGCCUCAUGGUCAACUUGUUGUCCACCACGACCCCCAGGUCCUUUUCUCAAAAAUGCUUCCCAGCUGGUUGGCCCCCAGCCUGUCCUGGUGCCUGGAGUUAUUCCUCCCUAGGUGCAGGACUUGGCAUUUCCCUUUGCUGAGCUUCAUGAGGUUCUUUUCAUCCCAUUUCUCCAGCCUGUCGAGGUCUCUCUGAAUGGCAGCACAACCACCUAGUAUAUCAAUCACUCCUCCCAGUUUUGUAUAAUCUGCUCAGGGCACACUCUGACCCACCAUCUAGAUCACAAAUGAAGACAUUAAACAAAAUCGACCCCAGUACUGAACCCUGGGGGAACACCACUAGUGACCGACCUCCAGCUGGAUUUGGUGCCGCUAAUCGUGUCAUGCAAGCCCAGCAGUUCAGCGAGUUUUCAGUCCACCUCACUGUCCACUUGCCUAGUCUGAACUUCAUCAGUUUGUCAAUGAGGAUGUUAUGGAAGUCAGUGUCAAAAGCCUUGCUAAAGUCAACAUAAAUGACAUCCACUGCUCUCCCCUCAUUCACCAAGCUAGCUAUUUCAUCGUAGAUGGCUAUCAGGUUGCUCAGGCAUGAUUUCCCUAUCAUAAAUCCAUGCUGACUACUCCUAAUCACCUUCUUGUCCUUAAUAUGUUUGGAAAUAACUUCCAGGAUUAUUUUUUACAUCCCCUCUCCAGGGAUGAGGUGAGGCUGACCAGCCUGUAUUUCUCUGGAUUCUACUUCUUCCUUCUUAAAGACAGGAGUGACAUUUGCUUUCUUCUAGUCCUAAGGAAUCUCUCCUGAUGAUCACGACCUUUCAAAGAUACUCAAGAGUGGCCCCACAAUGGCACUGGCCAGCACCCUCAGCACUCAUGGAUGCAUCCCAUCAGGCCCCAAGGACUUGUGUACAUCAGUUGAAAUGUUUCCUAACCUGAUCCUCUUCUACUGAGGGCAAGUCUUCCCUGCUCCAGAUUUUCCCAUGGGCCAGGGACCUGGGACUCCUGAAGGCUGAUCUUACCAGUAAAAACAAAGGCAGAGAGGCAGAGUACCUCAGCUUUCUCCAUGUCCUGUGUCACCAGGUUCCCUCCCCAUACAGCAUGUCCACAUUUUCCCCAGCCUUUCUUUUGCUGCUGAUAUACCUGUAGAAGCCCUUCUUGCUGGCCUUCAUGUCCCUUGCCAGAUUCAACUCCAGAUGUGCUUUGGCUUUCCCAUCCCCAUCCUUGCAUGCUUAGACAGUGUCUCUAUAGUUCUCUUGGAUCACCUGAUCCUGCUUCUCUCUCUUCUACGCUUCCUUUUAUGUUUGAGUUUAGCCAGGAGCUCCUCAUUCACCCAUGCAGUCCUUCUGUCACCUUUGCAUGACUUCCUGCAUAUCAGGAUGGACCAUUCUUGAGCACAGAGGAAACGAUCUUUGAAAAAAAUCAACCAGUUCUCCCGGACUCUCCUUCUCUCAAAGGCCAUAUUGCAUAAGAUUUUUCUAAGCAGAUUCCUGAAGAUGUCAAAGUCUGCUCUCCUAAAGUCCAGGCCCGUAAUCCUGCUAUCUGCCUUGUUCCCUUCUCUCAGGAUCCUGACUGCUUCUGCAAUUACUUUUUUCUAUGAUAAUUUUAAGAAAUAUUUUCAAGCUUGUAUAAUAAGGUAAUAUACCAUGGUUACAUUAAGUUGCUUACUUGGCAAAGUACUGAUUCUAUUUAGGUGUCAAUCCAAUAUGCAAAAGAGAUUGUUUCUAGAAUAAUGAUAAUUUAUAGUAAAAUAUUCUAUAAAAGUUUUGAGACUGAUUUUAUAAGCAGACGUACAAAGCCUGUAUAUACAUUCUAGAUAUUAUAAAUACAUGUAUAAAUAUAUAAAUGUAUAUAAUACAUACAUUUGUGUAUUUUGUAUACAUUUGCAAGAGAAUUCAUACCUGAAAUGGCAUAGUCUCCAUUCGGUGAUGCUACAGUUAUUGCUGAUGCAUUGCCAAUGCUCUCCACUGGCCCCAGACCAACAUGAUUACUGAAACUCAGCACGUGCCAUCCCAUAACUUUUGCCAACUGCUGAACUGCAUGUACUUGAUGCUGUGACAUCUGAAAGAUAACAAAGGUCUCAAGAACUUAUCAGUGUUACAAACAGGAUUUUGAAGCAAUCCUUUCUUCUUGGAAGUGAGGAGAGACCUCUGCUCUAUUUGCAAGAAUAAGUAUUAUCAUGGCAAACUCGGAAAAAUCAAAGUUGAGGUACUCAGAUGCAUGAUAUCCCCACUACUGUUCAAGUUUUUGUAACAUUUUCUACAGAGAUAAAGGGAAGAUUCUAACCUCUUAAACAGAACUGCUGUACCCCAAAAUACUACAACAAAGGAAAGAACAAUGUAUAAGAGUCUACCUGAGAUAAAAGGAAAUCCUGCAGUUCCUGCUCUUGAUGGGACAAUGUAAUAACUCUUCCAUCUCUGUGCACUACUCUGAUCUGUUCGACUCCGAUAUUCAGCUGUAGUUGAAUGGAUCUUUGAAGACAAGACGGACAUUUAUUGAAAAUGUGUAACAGCACUUAAGAAAACAGGUUAUCUUGUUCUAAGAACACAGAAUCCCAUUAACUAGUAAGAACUCUAAAAUGAAGAUGGUACAAAGCCUGUGGAAUACAACAGUGACCCCAAACAUUUCAGUCUCAUCAGUCACCACAGCAGCUAUCUCUAUACUGCAGGACAGGUGUAUUGUGUGGCAGGUUCCCAGACUCAGGGCACUGCUUUUUCAGGCCAAGGAACCUGCUGAAGUGCCUCACAACUUCCUCCCUGCCAAUAUGACUAGGUUUCCCUUCAGAGAUGCAUGGGAAAAUGACACGAAUCCAGGGCCUGUUCUGUUCCGCGGUCAAGACUUGGCCACUGCACCGUACCCUGGGACUGAGACUGGAGACGACACCAAUGAACACAUCUGUUCCAGUGAAGAAAGAGCCAAAGAGGACUGCUCUAAGUGGAAAAAUGAAGCUGAAGCAACCAGUUCAUCCACUGUUACACAUCAGUUAUUUCACUGCUGGUCAAUAUGCAGACAUUUGUUUCCGGAACAUGAAACCUCCUAUUUCAGUGACAGUGUGCAUAAUUAAUAGCAUGAAUUCCAGCUAGUUCCAUGUUUUAGUGCCUGUGUAAUCAAGCUAGGACUGAGCACUGACUAGCUCUUCAUGAAUAGAUUGGAAGCUUAGAAUCCAACACAUCCAAAGGUACUUUAAAUCCAGGUAUCUCAGUCUGAAGUAAAUCCCUCUUUAAAAAAAAAAACACUUUCAGCUUUGACUCCUUCUUUUGAAAAAACCAACAACAACAACAAAAAACCCAGAGCUGCUAUGGUUAACUGCUUAAUAAGUUUCUUCAUUAAAUGCAGUGUAAGGUGGGUGAACAGCUUUCUGAUGGUGGCUGUUCUCCCCACCAUCCAGAAAGCAGUGUUUACAGGUAAACCCUGCUUUUAAGUCAUACCAUCUUCAAAUAAACACUCACAUAAAAAUAACACACUCUUAGUGGUCUGUCUGAAGCCGGAUCUAAACCUGUAACGAAACAACCUUAAUAUACUCUGUCAUUGUAGUCUAAAAGCAAGCUUCCACAAGUAGAAAAAUACAUGCAUUUUCACACUUACUUGCAUAUCUGCUCAUAUCCUUGAGAAGUUAUUAGAACUUUAACACUGGAUUCAUAAACAUCAUUUAUAUUUGACCAAUGAGCCUGAAUCUGAGGAUCCUCAAUACGACUGGCCAGACUGUCAAUAGUUCGAGCAGUUCUGGAAUAGAAGGACAUGUUCCACCCACAAUAAUCUAGACAGUUUAUGCAGUUAUCUUUGCUUAAAGGAAACGAGUAGGUUAUUAGUUUGAUUUUGUGGCAUACAAAAAAAAAUAUGCAAAUUUUACAGAACCAUGCAGAUCACAGAUCUAUUUGAGCACCUGAACUGCAAAUGAAGCACACUUGUUUACUCUAUUUCCUAUGCAUCCUGCAGAAUAUUAAAAUUAUAUAAUUCAGUAUUGGCUAUUUGAUUUUUCUUUAAUACUGCACAGCAGAGAAUAUUAAAACAGAUUUAUGCAGUCCCUUAAGAAAAGUAGGGACAGCAGUCUGUGUCAUAACUGUAACAAACAGAUCUCAAAGUAAUCUACUUUAAUAGCCAAGUAGAAAGAAAAGCAGCUAGUUUUAAGAACACUGAAAAAAAACAAUCAGUUGUGGUCUACACUAUGAUACAUUUUAUUGUGACUUGAAUAAGAAGAGGUGUGACAUACCUGCGUCUCAAAAAGAUAUGUUUUGCCUGCUUUAUUAUCUUUUCCAGAAGUCCUUCGUUGGACUGUAAAGAACUGAUGUCAUUUUUAUCAAAAGCCUGGGGUCCUGCUAGUCUCAUUCUCUUAUGGCCAAAAGGUGCACUAGCUGGAUGUGGCAUCACUGUUGAGCUCAGAGUUUGCUUGUGACACUGCAAGAAAAACCAGCUGUUACAAGAGAAAGUGACCAAAUGAUAAAUCUUCAAAGAGUAAUAGGUAUACUACAAUAUGCUAUUUCACACAUUAAGUGUUUCAGAAAGUGUUCAGAAAGUGCAUUUUUCUUUUUUUCUUUUUUUUGCUUUAUGCAUUUGACAGCACUUUAUAUAUAGCCAGCUUUACACUUACACUUUUCUCUCCCAGUUUGUGUGGGUCUUUCAAAACUUAAUGUAAAGAGAAAGCUAUUAAAAAAGAAUUGCAAAGUGAAAGCCAACAAAAAUUUGGCAGUAUGGCUCCUACGCACCCCAGAGCUUCAGGGAAUAAGUCUCUGGAGACAGACAGACUGGUCAAACAGAAGUAAAGGAAGCACUUCAGAGAUGAAAAUUGAGGUGCAAGAAGAUUUAGCAAGCUGUUCAAAGUUAUGGGAGGAAAUCUGCAGCAGAGCUGGGCACUAAGCCAAAAACUCAUGAAUCCUUGUUCAGUGUUUAAACCACUGGACUAUUCCCCAUGACUAUACGACUUGUGGAACCAUGCUCUAGGAGAUAAAUCUUCUCCAGACCACGGUUUCACAAGCAUUUAGACAUCUGAAAUUGGACUCCCUUACCUUAACAGACAUAUUCCCAACCUUCUACACCACAUCCUUCCACUAGAUUAAAAAAAGAUUAUAAGAAAAUCUACAACACUGAAGCACAGAAGUGGCCCUCAAAUGAAGCGAGUUAUUACGAUAACUGAUUGUUCAUUCCUCAUGGGAAUACGGUCUGAAUAGAUGCUCGUUUUAAGUACUUGACAAGCAGUAAUUAGACACAAAUGAAAAAGGGAGACUAAUGAGCUGUACUGAAAAAAAACAUCGAAUGGCUGCUCUUCUGAAGUGAGUAGCUGGGCCUGAGGUUAAGUCCAGAACUAGGGUUCCAUGGAAGCACACCUGGAACUCCCUAAUCACUCCCACAUAUUAGAAGUGAACCACAGGUCUUACACAAAUAGAGAGAAAUGACUGAUCUCUAGUGACAUUCUGUUGUUGUAACACUGUCACAGGCUAAGCCAAACUCUGAGCAAAACCAAAAACAAACCUCUUCAGUACUUCACCAUAAAUGCAUUACCUCUCUGAUAAGCUGAUGCAAAUUAUGUUCCAGAACAUACAGAUGAUCCUCUGGAUUCUGUUUUUCAGAAGCAGAUUUUUGUGA